UAAAAUGAAUUUUCGUUGAAACUUUCCAAUGAAAUGGAAUCAAAACUUCAACUCAAGAACUGGGGUCUUCCUCAGUGUGUUCUGGAUCAAUACAAUAAGAAUGGAUUGGAAUCGAUGUUUCAAUGGCAGGCUGAGUGCUUGUCUAUAAAUGGAGUGUUAGAUGGACGAAAUUUGGUCUAUGCUGCUCCUACCAGUGCUGGCAAAACACUUGUUGUUGAAAUUUUACUUUUGAAGCGGAUUCUGGAGACUGGGAAGAAAGCUUUGUUUAUUUUACCUUUUGUAUCUGUUGCCAGAGAAAAACUGUUUCACAUGCGAACUCUUUUUGAAGAAACAGGAAUUCGCGUAGAUGGAUACAUGGGUGGACAUGCUCCUACAAACGGUUUCUCAUCAGUAGAUGUCGCUGUUUGUACAAUCGAAAAAGCAAACGGUUUGAUCAAUAGGUUGAUUGAAGAAAAGAAUAUUGAUCAGAUUGGUAUGCUUGUGAUUGAUGAGUUACAUAUGGUAGGAGAUGAAGGCAGAGGAUAUAUAUUGGAACUUCUGCUAACUAAGAUAAGGUAUGAGCGACUUAAGAAGUCUCUCACACAGUCAAGUAACAACACAAACAUUCAAAUAGUUGGGAUGAGCGCUACAUUACCAAAUCUUAGUCUUCUUGCUGAUUGGCUGGAUGCUGCUCUCUAUGUUACAGAUUUCAGGCCAGUACCUUUGCAAAGAUGUUUGAAGAUUGGUUCCGCAAUAUAUGAUAAUAAAUUAAAUAAAAUAAGGGAUUUUGUUCCAGCUUUCAAUUGCAAGAAUGAUGAUGACAACUUGGCAGCAUUAUGUUAUGAAACACUGAAUGAAGGAAACUCUGUUCUUGUCUUCUGUCCGACUAAAAACUGGUGCGAAAAAUUAGCAAAUAAUGUUGCUCAUCAGUUUUAUGAUCUCAACAGUUCCCAUCAGAAAGACAGCUCUCUCCCAUUCGUGAAACUCGAUCUUGAGACAUUGAAAGAAAUAUUCGAGCAGUUAUCCCAGUCACCAGUGGGUGUCGAUGCAAUAUUGAACAGAACUCUGCCAUUGGGAGUUGCAUAUCAUCAUGCAGGGCUAACCACAGAGGAGAGAGAUAUAGUUGAAGCGGGAUUUCGUAUCGGAGCGAUCCGUGUUCUCAUUGCCACUUCUACUUUGUCAUCAGGUGUUAAUCUUCCUGCAAGAAGAGUUAUCAUUCGAACUCCAACUUUCAAUAGAAAAACACUCGAUGUUCGAACUUAUCUGCAGAUGACAGGAAGAGCUGGAAGGAAAGGUGUUGAUGAUCAAGGGGAAAGCAUACUAAUUUGUCGUCAAAAUGAGCAAACUCGUGGAAAAUCUCUUCUGACCUCUCGACCAUUGCCAGUUAAAAGUUGUCUCAUACAAGCUGAUAAUGAAGAGUUAACAACGAGCAUGAAAAGAGCAAUAUUGGAGAUCAUCGUCAAUGGUGUUGCAUCAUCAUAUGAAUCAGUGAUGGAAUAUACAGAUUGUACUUUACUUUCAGCUCAGCUGAGAACUCAAGAACCAAAGGUAAUUAAAGGGCCAAUGACUCGACGUCGCUCAUCCAUAUCUUCCCCAAGUUUGAAAAGAUAUUCAGGAUUUAAUCGAGAUGUGAUUGAGAAUUGUGUGGAAUGGUUGGUUGAACAUGAGUUUGUACAUUUUCAAGAUGGUGCCAGUGGAAGUGAAAUGUGUGAGAGCAAUGUACAGAGACAUAUAAUUGCAACUCAGCUAGGAAGAGCUGCUCUACUUUCCUCUCUUCCAACAUCAGAAGCAUUGACAGUUCUUGCUGAUCUGCACCAGGCUAUGAAGGCAUUGGCUUUAGAUACAGAACUGCAUUUGAUAUAUUUGGUGACACCAAUCUUCUGUUAUAAUGAAUGGACAGGGCUGGAUUGGUAUCAAUAUCUCAAUGUUUAUGAAUCUCUUUCAACUUCUCAUAAAAAUGCUGCAAAUCUGAUCGGGGUCACAGAACAGUUUCUUACGAGAAUGGCAUCUGGUGCUCCAACUUCUACAAGACGUGGAAAGCAAGCUGAAAAAAUGCAAAGAUUACUGGGGACACAUAGAAGAUUCUAUGCAGCUUUAGCGCUUCAUGACUUGGUGCAAGAAGUUUCAUUAUCGAAUGUUUGCUCAAAAUAUUCCUGUAAUCGAGGAAUGCUCCAACAAUUACAGCAGUCGGCUGCCUCAUUUGCAGGUAUGGUGACAACAUUUUGUCAGGAGUUAGGCUGGUGGAGUUUGGAAGUUCUAUUGAGAGAAUUCCAAACCAGACUUGCAUUUGGUGUUCAGAGAGAACUGAUGGAUCUGAUGCAGAUAUCCCUGCUGAACAGUCAGCGAGCAAGAGCAUUGUAUACAGCAGGAUUGAUCACUUGUCAACAAGUAUCUCACGCUGAACCGUCUCAUAUUGAAUUGGUGCUCAGGAAUGCUUUGCAUUUCCAAACAAAUCGUAAAGCAGUGAAUGAAUCAGACUGGGAAGUGGAAGAACGGAGAAAACAAAGAAACGUUCAUGUUACUGGAAAGAGAGGAAUCACUGAAUAUGAAGCUGCUCAGUUGAUUAUCGAUGAAGCAAAAAAAAUUUGUGGUUCGAAGCAAAUAAAAGAUGAGAGUUUUAUGGCAGAAAAAUCCCCUCAGACUAAGAAAUCAAAGACACAGUCAUCACACAAAGACAAAAAGCUGAUUCUUUUAACUGAAGAAACUCCAAUGAAUAUUGGGGAUAAUGGAACAAUUGAUAAUGUCGACAAGGUUACGGGAAAUAAAACUCUAGAUUUAGAUCAACUCAAUGGUGAUUCUGCCAAUGUUGUGAGUGUGAAAAGUACAGGCAAAUCCCCAAGUAAUAAUAGAACUGAAAAAGUAUUCACAGAAGUGCAAACUGGUGAAAUAGAGUCACUUAGGGAUGAUCAACCAAAUAUUAAUUGUUUUCAAAACCAAUUAUUGUCUAGAGAAGCGCCCAUUUUAACUAAAGAGUCAAUGGAGAAGGGCCUAUCAAAUUAUGAAAAAGUUUCCAAACAAUUAUCCCCCAUAAGUACACAACACACUAGAGAAAUGUUCAACAAACAAACAACAAAUAGUCAAAUAUCUGAUGCAACAUUGAUGCCAGAUCCUAAUGAUGUAUCAAAAUCUUCAUCCCUGGUAGAAACACAUAGACCUUAUAAACAAGGGUUGCCAGAUUUUAACUCCACAUCAAAAACUGUUUCCCAGGUAGUAGAUUCAGGUUCCAAACAAGGGUUGCCAGAUUCCAGCUAUGUUGUAAAGGAAUCUUCAAUUACUGAAACACAUAAAUCUUGUAAACAAAUGUUGCCAGAUUCUGACUAUUCAUCAAAAACUGUUUCCCAGGUAAAAACACAUCCAAGUUCCAUUACAUCCUCCAAACAAGGGUUGCAAGUUUUCGUCUCCAUUGCAAAAGAAUCUUCAAUCACUGAUACCCAAUUACAACUGGUAUUAGGUGAUGAUACAAUGAACUCGUCAUUUUCUGAUUCUGAAACUGUAAACGAUACAAACAGUGCAGUUAAAGAAAAGGAGGACUCUUCUAAAAUUAAUCCAAAUUUAGUUACGGAUUCUGUAAAUCAAAAUAGCAAAAUGUGUUUGAAUAUUGACAUUGCUUGCCAAGAUGCGGAAAAACUCAAUGAAAACACUGCUAAAUUUAUAACUAAUCAAAGUAAAGGUGAAGAUGAUAGUAUUUCAUCAGCAAAUUUGAGUUGUUCAGAAACAAAUAAUUCUAGUAUUCUCGAAUCAGAGGAUAUUUUUGCCGAAACGAAAUUUGAUAACUCAAUAACUGUUCUAGAUUCUGUGAAAACAGAUAAUGCUGUUACUAUAGUUGAAGAUAGCCCAGCAAGUUGCAAAGAACUUGAGUUGAAUAUUGAAGACUCAAUGUCUUCAGACUGGGAUCAAAAUUGAUUUUGAAACAUGAAUUCAAGCCCCUUAAAUAAUAGUA